CUUUCGGCCUUCAAGAAAAUGUGAAAUCUCCAUGUUGUGCCGCUUCAAGCUUCGGUCGCUUCUGACCAAACCAACCAGACCAAUCGCUCUCUUAGUUCGGAUCUAAUUCCUGUAAAAAUUAAUCACUUAAUACAAUGGCCCAUCUGAUCAAAACCGAACCUUGUGAUUUAUUCUGUCCUGGGGGCUUGUUCCUCGAUAUUGAUUCAGCUCAUGCGUCGUUUAUUUCGUUGAUAUCGCCCAAAACUUAUUCUGAAGCGGAAAGGGUUUCGUGUUUUUCAUGGGGACGCAGAAGAACGGUGAGUUUCGAAAUAUUUAGGCGGGAAAGGAGAGCUUCGGGCACAGUGGGUGGGGGGUUUUUGUCGUUGAGCUUGUCCAUAAACGGAAGCGAAGGGGAUCAGAGCUAUGUUCGAGAAUCGCAAGAAAUUCUGGGCCAGCAUGAGGGUAAAAUUUCGGACAGGUCCGAUGGAUGUAAAGAGAAGGAGAAUGUUCAGAUGAAGGGAGCGGGUGCUAUGAAUGUGACUAGGCAUCUGUGGGCGGGAGCUGUGGCUGCUAUGGUUUCAAGGACAUUUGUAGCGCCUCUUGAGAGACUUAAGCUGGAAUACAUAGUUCGUGGUGAACAGAAAAACCUAUUUGAGCUCAUUAAGGAAAUUGCAACUUCUCAAGGGUUGAAAGGCUUCUGGAAAGGGAAUUUCGUAAAUAUUCUACGGACAGCACCCUUUAAAGCUAUAAAUUUUUAUGCUUAUGAUACUUAUAGAAAUCAUCUGUUAAGGAUUUCUGGAAACGAAGAAACCACAAAUUUUGAGAGAUUUGUUGCGGGUGCUGCUGCAGGGAUUACAGCUACCUUGCUCUGCCUACCUAUGGACACUAUCAGGACGGUAAUGGUUGCACCUGGUGGUGAGGCCUUGGGAGGUGUGGUUGGUGCCUUCCGGCACAUGAUAAGAACUGAAGGCUUCUUUUCUCUCUACAAGGGUUUGGUACCCUCCAUUGUCAGCAUGGCACCUUCCGGUGCCGUAUUUUAUGGUGUUUAUGACAUAUUAAAGUCGGCAUAUCUGCAUUCACCUGAAGGAAGGAAAAGGAUCCAACAUAUGAAAGAACAAGCUCAAGAGCUCAAUGCUUUGGAACAAUUGGAAUUGGGACCCAUUAGAACUCUAAUAUAUGGUGCUAUUGCUGGUUGUGCAGCUGAAGCUGCUACAUAUCCCUUUGAAGUUGUUAGAAGACAGCUUCAAAUGCAAGUUCGGGCAACAAGAAUGAAUGCACUGGCAACUUGUGUCAAGAUUGUUGAACAGGGUGGUGUUCCAGCUCUCUAUGCUGGAUUGAUUCCCAGCUUGUUGCAGGUAUGAUCUGUGUUCCUGAUUUUAUCUUUUGAAAAAUACACGUCAAAUUUCAGUCCAUUGGUAAAAUAAGAACUGGACACAUUGUGAUUUUUUUUCCCCCCUCUCUCCCUUUGGGGUUAACUGAGGGCAGUUACUCUAGUUAUGUAGCUCUUGUUUGAACCUGCACAUCGUAGGCAAUAAGGUCAGGCAACAGCAGAGUUUGGUUUAAAAAUGAGUUUUCAAACUGACAUGAACAGAUGUGUUUUUGAGAAUUCUAAGGCUCCUUAGUUAUUUUGACACCUUUUGGAUUUGCUCAUGAACUUCGCAAACGUCUGAAACUAAUUGGCUUACUGUUCUAAAGUGAUAUUCACUGAUAGAAGUAUUGAU